UGCAGCGUCGUCGCGCCCUGCUAUUGUAGGCACUCUGAGUCUAAAAACUACGUUGGAUCGACGCGCCCGAGUCCACGCUUGCUUAUUUUUGGAUGUAAGGGAAAACGUUUAUGGGGUGGGAGUGCAGGCGGGGCGCCAGACGCUUGAAACAGCGACGGCUGUGGGUAUGUUUUAAAGGCCGGGAUCUCCCUCAUCGUGAGACUCCUUUCUUCUCAGGCAAGCAAGCUACCUCGAGUUAUAUCAACGUUCGUCGCAGACGUUGUGUUCCUGUCUUUCUGUUGUUUGUUCAAAGUCGUUCCUUGGGUUUGGGUGUACCUGGUUGUGUACCCGCCUUUUCAGUCUAUCCUUUAAAUCUACAUUACGAUCCUAGGCCACCUCAGCCACUUUACCCAGCAAGAGUUUGGAAAUCCUAAAACGAACAAAUAAAGUCAAGAUGAAGAUCAACCCUGCACCUUUGCACUUGGCCCAGACGGUCAUUACUGGCCUCGUAGUUGCGUUCAGCAUUGCGAUCCUGGGCACUGCCGCGCAUACUCUCGAUGUCUUCAACAAGCAGCAGGUAGGCAGCCUAGGUCGAACG